UUGACGACGACGACCUCGACGAUAUCGACCUCACGGCAUCGACGAACUCGACGACGACGACAAGGCAACGAACUCGGCAGGCCUCGGUUGGGUGAUAGGGACGGGCCUGGGUCCUCGACGAUGACCUCGACGAUGAAAACGACGACGACGACGAUGACAACGACGACGACUACAACGACGACGACUACGACCACCUCGAUAACGACGACAACAACAAGGCAACGAUAUCGAAGGCCUCGGUUGGGUGGCAGGGACGGGCCUGGGUCCUCGACGACGGCCUUGCGACACCAACCUCACGACACCGACCUCACGACACCGACCUCACGACACCGACCUCACGACACCGACCUCACGACACCGGUCUCACAGCAACGACCUCGCGCCACCAGCACUGACGACGACCUCGACAAGACAACGAGAUCUACAGGCCUCGGUUGGGUGGUUGGGACGGGCCUGGGACAACGACCAUCUAGCACCUCUUAGAGCGACGUUCUCUUUGCGCUGCGACACUAGCCGAGUAUGAGCAGUGGGGACUGGUCUUCACGCGACAGAAUCUGCUCAUCAACAACCAUCUCGAUAUCAACCUCUUCGACAACAAUCUCAUCGACAAGAAC